GGAAGGCUCAGCUUAGAUGUCCUCACUCCCAGAUGCUCACAUCAGAACUCAAAGUCUCUGUUAAGUGCACAUUCCUUGAGCAAGAUGACCUUGAGCAAGCCUCUUCCCUAGACUCCAGGUCUCAAUGGCAAAAUGGAGCUGAUAUAAUAACUCUCCUUUGGAGGCCAAGAAGCAGGGCCUCAGAACCUCUUAAGAAAAUUAAGAAGAGCCAAUAUACAUUGAGCGCCUACAUGAGAAAAUGGUUUUGCUAUUUUAGACGUCACUGCUUCCACUGUCCUCAUUUGACCAGUGAGAAAACUGAGGCCCAGAGGGGUGAAAUGACUGACCAAGGACACACAGCAAAGCAGUGCAGAACUGAAGCCAGAACCCAGGCCCUAGAACUGGGCCUCUGCCUCUUCACCCUGACCAUGCAGCCCAAGCCACAGGAAAAGCCUGCCCUGUGCCUUCUGGGGUGAGUGUCCCUGAAAUCCCCUCCUCAUAUUUUUUACAAACAAGGAAACUGAGGUUUGGAAGCACGAAGCCACCUGCCCAAGGUCACCCAGCCACUCACAUCAGAGCUAGAGAUCCAAGCGGGUCUGACUUCAAGCUCGUGCCCCUGCCUGGUCCCUCACGCAGCCUCCAGAUCUCCCACCUAGCGCUUGGAUGCUGGCGUUUUUCUGAACCUAUCCCAGGCCUCAGCUGGCUCAAAGCAGAAAAAGUUCCUCCUGUAGCCUCUAUCAGAGCCCCUCCCGGUCACCAGCACUUCCCGAGGAACCUCCAGGAUGCCAGAGGCAGGAAGCUGCAGAAGCCCCAGCCCCAAGUUGCCCUCCACGCCUUCCAAGUGAUGCUCGUCCUUGGAGGGGAGGGAGAACAGCUCUCCUUGCCUUCCAAGCGGUUGGCAGAGGCGGCUGCUGCUCCUGCCUGCUGCCUGGCUGAUGGAGAGAUUAUUUCUAAGCCCUUCCCAUUCCCCCCCUCCACCGCUUCUCUUGCAGGACCACACUGGCUGUCCCCGUGGGACUCAGUGCAUAGCCCGCCGCUGAAGCAGGACAGCUGGCCCGGCUCCCUCCCAGCAUGAACCCCUCAAACCCUCACCUCACACAGGAAAAAGGGCUUCUGGGUCCUUUUAUAAAAGCGACCCCACUCUCCCUGGGCUUUUCUGCAGCUGCUGAAGAGAGAGAUACAGAAUGAAUGGACUUCAGGUUUCGGAAGAAAGCAGGCGAAGAAAGGUUGAAAACUAACUCUGCCAGCAACUGCUGUUUUUGGGAUGGUUCUUUGCUUCUCCUUCAUCUCCACCACAAACCCAUCUCUUCCCGGGGCAUCGAGACAUGCGCUCCCCUUGCCCGGCAGGGAAACAGCUGGAAACGGGCUCCCUGAGAAGGGCUGCUCCUUGUUCUCUGGCCCUAUGUUAUAAACGAAGCAAUCACGCAGAAUAGCAGAAUAUCGUGUGGUGAGCAAGUGUAAAAUGCAUAGGCUGUGAUUCAACUCUCUACCGGCUGCUGGAAUCCGACUGGCUCUGAAAUUGAGAGGAACUUUUAUUUCCAUUCAGCUGCUGAGUUUUUCCCUUGAUUGGAGUGCAUCUUGGAAUGACGUCUUCGGCGAUACCCAGAGACAGGGGUCUGCACGCCGGACACCAUCACUUCCGGUCCUGCAGCCCUUGGAGUCAGCUCUUUCCCGGCCCUGUGGAGCCACCAUCCAUCAAGGGCAUUUACUACCGCCGGGCCCGGAAGGUGGGCGCGCUGGAUGCCUCCCCGUCGGGGGACCUGAAGAAGGAGAUGCUGGUCAACGUGGGGGGCAGGAGGUACCUCCUUCCCUGGAGCACGCUGGACGAGUUCCCGCUGAGCCGCCUGAGCAAACUCCGCUUCUGCCGGAGCCACGAGGAGAUCGCGCAGCUCUGCGACGAUUACGACGAGGACAACCAGGAGUUCUUCUUCGAUCGGAGCCCCAGCGCUUUCGGGGUGAUCGUGAGCUUCCUGGCGGCCGGCAAGCUGGUCCUCCUCCGGGAGAUGUGCGUGCUGUCCUUCCAGGAGGAGCUGACCUACUGGGGGAUCGAAGAGGCCAACCUGGAGAAGUGCUGCCUGCGGACCCUGCUGCGGAAGCUGGACGAGCGGGCGGAGCUGCGCAGGGAGGAGGCGGUGCAGCGGCAGAGGGAGGCCAGCCGCCCGGCCGUGCGCACGUCCCGCUGGGGCCUCUUCAUGCACCAGCUGCGGGAGAUGGUGGAAAACCCGCAGUCGGGGCUCCCUGGGAAGGUCUUUGCGUGUCUGUCCAUCCUCUUCGUGGCCACCACGGCCGUCAGCCUGUGUGUCAGCACCAUGCCGGACCUGAGGGCGGAGGAGGACAAGGGGGAGUGCUCGCAGAAGUGCUACUACAUUUUCAUCGUGGAGACCAUCUGCGUGGCCUGGUUUUCCCUGGAGUUCUGCCUGCGCUUUGUCCAGGCCCGGGACAAGUGCCAGUUCUUCCAAGGGCCCCUGAACAUCAUCGACAUCCUGGCCAUCUUCCCCUACUACGUGUCCCUCGCCGUGUCCGACGAGCCGCAGGAGGAUGGCGAGAGGCCGGGCGGGAGCUCCUACCUGGAGAAGGUGGGGCUGGCGCUGCGCGUGCUGCGCGCCCUGCGCAUCCUCUAUGUCAUGCGCCUCGCCCGCCACUCGCUAGGGCUGCAGACGCUGGGUCUCACCGUGCGCCGCUGCACGCGCGAGUUCGGCCUGCUGCUCCUCUUCCUCUGCGUGGCCAUCACCCUCUUCUCCCCGCUGGUGUACGUGGCGGAGAAUGAGUCGGGGCGGGUCCUGGAGUUCACCAGCAUCCCCGCCUCCUAUUGGUGGGCCGUCAUCUCCAUGACGACGGUGGGCUACGGCGACAUGGUCCCCAGCAGCGUGCCGGGCCAGAUGGUGGCCCUCAGCAGCAUCCUGAGCGGAAUCCUUAUCAUGGCCUUCCCGGCCACGUCCAUCUUUCACACUUUCUCGCACUCCUACCUGGAGCUCAAGAAGGAGCAGGAGGAGCUGCAGGCCCGCCUCCGCCGCCUGCAAAGCGCCGCCGCGGCCAGUGAACACGAACGCCUGAACGACCUCAGCGACCUGAUCCUGGAGCGCCCUGCCUUGCCCAUCGCAUACAUUUAACUCAGAAUCCCCUCUGAAUAUGCCAGAACGUCAACCCGCCGCCCUCGGCUGACGUGAGCUCUCGAAGCUACGAGGGGGCUCGAGGCCACAGCUGCUUGGCCGGGUGAUUCUUUGACCCUUCUGGCCCCCGCGGUCCCGGCUGACCUUAUCCAUGUCACGUGUCAUCGCCUCUCUCCCUGCUCCUCAUGGAGCACAUCCACGUUGGCUGGGUUAGGUCUGUCUCCCUCUCAUCUCAUUUCCUUCCCAGAAGAGUCUUCAACAUCCCAGGCUGGGUUCCAGAUGCCCACAGACCCGAGCCUUUUUCCUGGACCAGCCCAUCGCCAGGAACUAGAGGGUCCAGUCACAGCAAAGCCCUUCUGAUUAGAUCUUGCCGUCCAGUCCUUCAGUGGGUUCCAGCCGGGGUCUCCCGCUGCUCACACCAUGGGUGGCAUUUUCCUAACACGGCUGCCUCUCUUCAGCUCUGGAAGCUCCUAGCCCCAAAGGCAGAACUGACCUUUGCAUUAAAUCCCACUGUAGAGGCUGGUGGCCGGCCAUCCCUCCUGACACACCUGGGACCUGGUGUGCCACUUGCCAGCCCAGCAGGCCCUCCUUGGCCACCUGGGCUCUUGGUGGCACAUUCUCCAAUUAUCUGGUCCUUGGCCUUGAUAGAGGCUAACUCUUGCGGGGCCCUGCAUUGUCCCUUAAUUGAACUGUCCUUGCUGCCAAGAACCCCCCAGCAUGGCAGGGACCUCAGCUUUCCACUCUCAGCGAAGCAUCAUAGAAACCAGGGCAGCCUUAGGAUCUGCCCCUUCCCUGCUCCCAGACCCCUUGAUGCUGAGGACAGGCUUCCUCGGCUGAUAUUUAAAUGGGCUUCUUUAUCCAUCCCUUCCUUAACAGGCUCGGCCCUUUGCCUCCAGUGUGGGAGAUGGAGACAGGACUGAGUCUUAGGAGAUAAAAGCCACGCAUCCUGAGCCGAAGGGAAAGAGCAGGGAACUCUGAGCCAUCAGCUCCCAGAGGCCCAGGAGGGCUGUAACGUGGAGGGAGGGAUGUUUUGGGCGACGAAGGCUGAAGGGUGGGUUGGGAUGAGAUGCUGUGCAGAGGGUUUGGACGUUUCGGUCGAUGGAGAGGUGAUGCUGGAGAGACUGGAGGAAGGGAUGACGGGAACGCACUCCUGGCGUGGAUGGUGAUGAUGACAGGAUAGGCUGCGGGAGGACCAUCUGGAACAGGGAACCCGUGGGCAGGUCAGCAAGCCCUAAGAGCCUACCUCCUCCGUGACACUAACUGUCCACGGGGGUACCAAGGCGUCUCAUCCUUUGUUCUCCAGCCGAGAGCCCCUGGGAGAGGGCUCGAUGGCACCGCCCACAAGUCCUGGGAUCAAAGGGAUGGCAGACAGGAGGUCGUGGACCUGCGGAUCUGACGUAGUUGUUGUGUCAGCGUGUUAGCAUUUUGUCACUGGAGACAACUUCCUUGCUGUUCAUUCAUUCCACUAGUAUUUAGUGCAGACCUACUAUGUGCCGGGCACAUGCCUUCCCCUGACCUCACUGCCAGGGUCAGCACAGCCACAGGCUCUGGCCCAGGGGGGCACCCUCACCAGCAUCUAGCUUCAGGCUGGCCCUGACCUCACAGGGAGCCCUCAUUCCCUUUGACUGUUCCGGGUGCCCUCCCAGCUGACGGGCACACGUGUCCCCAUCCCUCUAGAUCCCAAAGAGCUGGCGGGGCACCUCCCCCCCAUUCUUCCCAUGCUGACAUUUCACCAAAUGGGAGCUUUGCCUAGUAGCGUGGUGACCUGUCAUACAAGGAAAGGCCCUACACCCUAGAAAAGCCACCUGUGACUUUAGCCCCUUUUCCUGUCAGUCUCAGGGGUUGGGCUAGACCUGGGGUAGGGUUUUCUGGCUAUAGGGUCCCAGGAAGACCCUCAGAGCUGUUGUGCGUGGAGAGCUAUGGUUCCAAGGUGCAAAAGAAUGCACCUUGAAAAGAAUGUGCAGAUUUAUAAACACCCUUCCCCCUUUCAGCCAGUGCCCAUCCAUGGCCGCCAUGCAGGGUGAGCUCACCCCAGACCACAGAAGACCUGGGACCCACAUCGGACCCCACGUCGUCCCUCCCUCCUCUGAUGGGAGACCUCUGCGCUCCGUGCCUGGUGCAGUCACACCCCACUCCAGCUCAGCACAUGCUGUGACUGGCUCCCACUCAGGCCUCUAUGCUUUCCUCUGUUUCCCAUACCAGGCGUCUGAACAAAAAUGUGCCAGGACUAAAAGAAAAAUAGGUGAGCCCAUCACCAACAUUAUGAAGCUCUAUAGUGUCUCAGUACAUGCCCAGUGGGUAUUCUUUACCAAAUCAGAAGUGGAAAAUUGGAAUUGAUUGCUUGCAUGUGGGCUUAAUUAAAGACUAUUUUUUUCUCCCCAUGAUGCCCCGGGGGCUGGUCUCCUUGUGUUAGUCAAGCCUGGACGAACAGCCAUUCCUUUAUGCUGAUUGGGUGGGAUAGGGAUGACCAGUGAGUUGCUAGGUGCUCUCUUCCUCCCCAUUGGCUGAAAGCAGUCUUGUGAUUCCCAGAAGGGCUUGUUUUUCUCUGAGGCCAAUGGGCAUGACUGCAGCCAAAGGCAGAAAUUUUCCAGCUGAAGGUGAAGAGCAAAGGGCCCUUGACUUCAAGCCAUCUUCACUUCCCAGAGGCAACUUCAACACUCUAGUCAGAGUUGAGCCCAAGAAGUGACUUGAGGAUGGAUGAGUUAAUUCUUCAACACAAUGCAAGUGGGUCUUGACCCACUGGCUCUAUUUUCAUGGCUUUUAAGACGUAAGAAAUUGGUACCUGGAAGGCCCGUCAGAAAACAGACUAUGCAGGCAGCUUGUAUGAGAUGGCUAUGAACCUCUGGAGAUUAUGUGUGCCUCAAAAUGCACAGCUUUGAAAAAGGGUUCAAUUUUAUCAGCUCCUUAAAGGAAUCCAUAAGCCCCGCAAAAGGCAAAAGGAUAAGAAGUUAGGCAAAUCAACUGCAUUUUAUGAUGACAAGACCAAGGCUCAGAGAGGGAAAGCCACCUACCCAAGGCCACACAGCCAGUUCAUUUAGUGAGAUCUGAGCAUCCCGAUUCCCAGCAGAACACUCAUUCUAGUAUAUCAGCUCUUAGCUUCAUCUGAAACAGUGCCCCAGAUCUCAAAGAAAAUAUUCAAGAUGAGGUUGGAAAUCUUUGCAUGCUACCAUGAGCAGAGUAAGAAGGGCCGUCUUGGGGUGGGUAUCUGGGCACCAGCUCCUUCGCUGGUGGACAUGGAAUCUGACUUCACUGGGCCUUCCUUUUCUCAUUGAUCCCAUGAGAGGGUGGGUGAGGUAAAGUCCCUUCCAGCUUGGAUAGCUGAUGAUCCUGAGAAGUUCAUUGCAACGAUUUAUACCAUGGAGAGAAGUGGGCAGGUAAGAAACAGACAGGUGAGAAAGGAAAGCCGACCGCAGUCCCUGACUCUCCAUAGAAUUGCUCCCUUAGCAAAAAUCAGCAGGUGAUUCAAGUUUGAAUAGAAGUUCACGGAGAUCCCUGUUCAUCACCCACCGCCCGGGCUCCUCACCCCCGGUGCCUGGUUGCACUGCUCCACGUGGCCCCUGCCUGCCUCUCUCUAGUAGCAUUAAACUCCCCCCCCCUUUCUUCCUCUUGUCAAAAUGCUAAUAAUGGGCUUCAGUUAUUGAUUACUAGGCACCAGGCAAUUGAUUUCUUUUUGGACUAAACCCAGGCUAUAGCAGUGAAAGUGCCAAAUCCUAACCACUAGACCACCAGGGAACUCCCCAGGCAAUUGAUUUUUUUAACGUUUGAAUUUGGGAAACAUGUCACACUCGCAAAAAAGUUACAAAGAGUAGAAAUACUACAUAGGAGUUCCCAUUGUGGCUCAGUGGUAACAAACCCAAUUAGUAUACAUGAGGACACGUGUUCGAUCCCUGGCCUUGGUCAGUGGGUUAAGGAUCCUGUAUUGCCGUGAG